AUGCUGAGUAUGCUGAGCCUCCCUUCGAGCCGCAACUCGUCUGACACAUCCUCCCCAAGCGUCUCUGCCAGCGAUGCCCUGAACAGGCCGCACAGGACGUCUUCCCAGACUCCCAUAAUGUCCAUGGUGUCACGGGUGCAAGCAAGGGAUGACGAACUGCGUCGGCACUUUGGCCUUGCUUCAGGGGAACUCUUCAUGGACGAGUUUUACUGUGCUCUGCACAAGAAGAUCCUGCUGCAGGGUCGGAUGUACGUCUUUGAGAACUAUGUGUGCUUCUACUCCAAUCUGUUUGGAUGGGUGAAGCGAAAGGUCAUCCCGCUGGUGGAGGUGUCAGAGAUUUCGAAAAAGAGGCACUAUGGCUUUCCGAACUCUAUUAGGAUCGUGUGGAAUGGCAAGAAGGAGUUUUUCACUUCGUUUUUGUCACGAGAGGAUGCCUAUGCACUGCUGAUCAACGUGUGGAAUCAGGCGCAGCUGGCGGCCCAGACGCUAGAACCAGGUCCAACGGACAGCUUCACCUCAGGACUUCCAUCUGUGACGUUGAACAAUUCUGCCUUCAGCGACUCGACUAAUGGUGAUGGUGACAGUGGGGAAGACCUGCCUAUGCCUGAGCCACCGAUGUUGCGGUUGCGGCGCUCAAAGCUUAAGCGCCAGAGCUGGGACUCCAACAAAGAUAUUUUUGAGGUCAGGGGGGAUGGCGCUGACGAGCAUGCAUCUGGAAUUUCGGAGGGGUCUGAAGAGGAGGAGGAGGAAGACGAUGACAAUGAGUGUCACUGGGAAGCCACACCUGCGCCCCCGAUCCCGUCGACCAUGCAGUGCAUCAUCGAGGAGGACUUGAACGCCACUGUCCCAGUGUUCUUUGAAAAGAUCUUCUCUGACGCCUCUGCCUUCUUCGAGGAAGUGCACAAGGCGAGGGGGGACCAGCGGUUUCAGACCUCCCCUUGGCAGAGUCAUUCCCAAGUGUGCGGGCGGGUCCGGCACAUGACCUUCGUAUCGCUGGUGAAGUCGCGCCUGCGGCUUGGCUGCUUCACGCCCUCCAAGACAGCAUGCACCCAAAACCAGCGGUGCUGCAUGUACACAGACCAUCACUUGGUGUUUGAGAGCUCACAGGUGCACACUGGGCUCCCCUAUGGCGACUGCUUCCAAGUGCGCACCCGGUGGGACGUGACACCCCUGGACCAGCACGCAUCGGCAUCUGAGGGCUGCCACCUGCGCAUCCACGCCGAGGUCCCAUUCACCCGCAGCGUCCUGGGGCCCAUCCGCCUCAUGAUCAACACGGGCGUGUUCAAGGAGCUGCGUGAGGCCACCGAUCGGAUGGUGGUCUUCUUGAGGGAGACGUUUGCGGAGGAGGCCCUGUCCGACAGGGAAGGUUCAGAGGGGUCUCUGGAUGGAGAGGAAGGGGAAUCCCCGGAUGGCGUUCAGGAGCUGCUGAAGCAUGCAGACCUGCGGCAGUGGGUCGUCCAGAUGGUGCGCGAGGAGCUGGGGGAGACGGCGAGCCUGUCUCCCGGGAAACUGCCAGUGUCGAUCUCCAGCAGCCGCAGGGGGCAGCGGGGCAGCGAAGGAGGGCGGGCGCCCUGGCCUGGGUGGCCCCGGAUAGGGAGGGGCGCUGGGCAGUCCAGGGUGGUGUUGAUGGCCGCUCUGGCAGUGCUGUUCGUGCUGCAGAUUUUGAAUCUGAUGAUGUUUUUCUCCCCUUCCAGACAGUGCACGGGGGGGAGUGCUGUGGUGGGGACGCUGGGGGGUGCUGGUAACGAGCUCGUUGGCUACCUGUCACAUGUGCAGGAGGACCUGGAGAGGCUGCAGAAGGAUCUGGAGGGCUUGGUGCAGGCUGUGAGCUUGGGGAUUGGCCACAUAACAAAGGUGGUGGACAGUUUUGAGUUAGGGUGA